AGUCUGUGGUGAGAACUGUCAAAGUUUAUAAUCAAUGUUUGAUGUUUCAAAAAAAUCGUGUUGCAAUGAGUGAAAUGAGUUAAAAUUACUGAACUCUGCAUUUACAAUUAGUUAAUGUAAAAACUACAUUGUAAAAAAUACUUUUACAACUACACUUUUGAUUGAAACUCUUAAAAAUGGAUGACAACAACGUGGAACACACGCCCGCUUCUCAGAGGCUUACAAAUGAGGAUUUUAGGAAGUUGCUCAUGACCCCUAGGGCUACGCCCGGGGGCUCAGGCGGUGGCUCCCACCCCACAGGCUCCGUUCGCGAAGCCAUGGCCAAUUCUGGUUCCAUGCCACCACCAGCAGAGAACAAGGGUGAACUCCGAAGAAAAAAGAAAUCAUAUUACGCAGCUCUCAAAAAGCAAGAGGAUAAUAAACUAGCGGAACUGGCUGAGAAGUACAGAGAUAGGGCUAGAGAACGAAGGGAUGGCGUCAAUGAACUGGGACCUACGGACCCUACAAGCAAUACUAGCAGUGCAUACAGAGCAGUAGCACCAGAUUUGAAGUCAGGAAUGGAUGCCAAAGAAAGAAGGAGACAGCUUAUUCAGGAAUCCAAGUAUCUUGGUGGUGACAUGGAGCACACCCAUUUGGUGAAAGGUCUUGACUAUGCUUUACUACAAAAGGUCCGCUCUGAGAUCCAGACUCGCGAGCUGGAGCAGGAGGCCGAGAUGGAGCGCCUCGUCGCGCUCCCUGUCGAGCCAGUCAAGGAGAAGAAGGAAGUACCCGUUGAAGAAGAAAUGCAAUUCGAGACAGCUAUGGCGAAGAAUAUAUACAACUUAGUACAGGAACAAAGGACAAAAAAGGUGUCUCGUAACGAGAUGUUCGGUCCCGGCCGCAUGGCCUACGUGGUGGAGUUGGACGAGGAGGGCGCCAUCGACAGCGACAUCCCGACGACGCUGACGCGCUCCAAGGCGGACGUGCCCGAGCCCGACCGCAGGACCGCCGCCUCCAGCGCCAACGACGUGGUCUUGGAUAAGCUGGCGCAGAUAUUCUCCUAUCUGCGACACGGACGGCAUAGGAAGCUCAAGAAGACUAAGGCGGGGGAGAAGCCAUCAGAGAAGGGUCGCGCGGACGACUCCAUCUACGGCGACAUCGGGGAGUACUCCGCCGGGGAGCGGCGCGCGCGCCGGGACGAGCGCCCGCGACCCGCCGGCUACUUCGGGGCCUCCGCCGACAGCAAGGACGACGAGCUCCCGGCGCCAGGCCCCUUGGCCGCGGCGGGCCCGGGGUCGGCCCGCUCGGCCCUGCUGCUGUCGCGCCUGGCCGCCGAGCCGCAGGGCUACGCCGAGUGCUACCCGGGGCUGCGGGAGAUGGACGACGCCAUCGACGACUCCGACGACGAGGUCGACUACACCAAGAUGGAUGCCGGCAACAAGAAGGGGCCCAUCGGUCGUUGGGACUUCGACACUCAGGAAGAAUACUCGGCGUACAUGAGCAGCAAGGAGGCGCUGCCAAAGGCCGCCUUCCAGUACGGAGUCAAGACACAAGACGGCCGCAAGACAAGGAAGACAAAAGACAAGAGCGAGAAGGCAGAGCUCGACAGGGAGUGGCAACAGAUUCAAAAUAUCAUUCAGAAGCGCAAAGCGCCCCAAGCGGCGGAUGAGCCGAACUUCAAGUCAGCGAAAUACUAGCAUACGGUUGUCUUCCACUCACCGCCAGAGGGCGACAGCUGAUACUAGCUGACCCGAGUCUCAGACCUAUGGACUAUAGUUUUCUAGCAAAUGCCUGAAUUAAGUGAACAGUUCCAAAAUAUAGACAUUUAUCGCCCUUUUCUGUAAUGAUUGAUAAAUCCUCAGUAAAUAUUUAUCCUUUUCUGACGUUCGGUGUUUACUAGACAAAGGGCUUGGAAUGAGUUUCUGUUAGUAAGCGGUUGUUUAAAAGUAAAUACGGACGGCGAAGUGCGAGAGAGACAAAGUGAAUGUGCGGCUAGUAGUUGUCUCUUUCUAGAGUUCUGUAUCCACCUCAUUGCCUCAGGUAUUGGCCGCAUCAUCGCUCUAUUUCUACAGAGAAGUCACUUUUUGGGGCUGAGGCUCAGUCUCAUCUAUGUCUAUGUUUAAGGCUUAUUUAACCCUAAGCUGCUGUCGGUAAAGGUGAAUAUCGCGUGGGCUUGCUCAAAUAUUGUUGAAUACCGGGUGGUAUUCUAACCAUGAAGAUAGUGCAAUCGUAUUUUGACUGCACAGAUAGCUUAGUGGUUGUCCUGAGUCUGGGUGUCUUUGUGCAUGUGACUUGAAAGUACCUGCAGGUAUAGUUAGGUCAACGAGGCGAGAUAAAGAAUGCAAAUUAGCCCUUAGUAUAGUAACUACUAUAUGGCUUUUUAAAAUGAAUAAGUAAUGAAAUAAUAUUGAACACAAACGUGUAAUUUUCUACGUCAUUAUUAUGCAAUAAGUCACUUUAGUUUACCUUUUAAGGUACUGUUGUUUGUAAAUGAACAUAAACGCAAUACCUCCAUACGUUCUGAAGUUGCUUAAGAUGUCAAUUGUAGUUUGAAAACGCCUUUGAAUUUAUAAGCUGAAUUAGUAUAUCAAUGUCCGUGUGAAAAACCCGAUUACUAAUGAAUUAAAGGAAAACACCCCCGACAGUAAAAACAUUCACCCCCCUCAAAAUCGCUCAAUCCGUUCAGGAGCUAUUAUGCCACAAACAGUCAGACAAAUAUAUAGAAACUUCAACUUUUUGCGUCGGGGUUUAAAAAUGAUCUAUAGGUGUAGGCAGCAUUAAAGUCAUUUGCCUUAAUUUGUCAAGACAGGGGUAGAAGCUGGCAAAUGUGAAAACUGAAUAACAGUCUUCCUAGUUUUGUACCUAGGUAAAAUAACCCUUUUGCGAUUAGCCUCCAUUUUGUACACAUAAGUAUUUUAUAUUUGUAAGGAGCAAUGGAUAUAGGUGUCAUCCUAUGUAGAAAUAGGCAAAUCUAUGGACUAUUGACUGGAUUGUAAAUAUGUAACAAUGAUAAAUAUACAGUGUUGAUUUCA